AUGGACCUUAUCAAUAGGGCUUUAGAGGUUAUAGAGAUCAUAGAUAUGGAUCCUAUAGACCUUUUACGAGCUUUUUUUAUUCUUGCCGCCGCCACUACCUUCUCGGUCAGCAUCCCCUCCGCUUUACGCGCCCGUUUCCUUGUCUAUGGUCCUCGUGCAACACCAACACCUACAUCUGAAUCCCGAGAUGCAAAUUCCAAACCCCCCUCCGCCUCUCCUCUAUUAGACUACCUAGCCACCUGGCAAGUCCCACAUAGCUACUUCACCCAAUUCUAUGUCGCCUCCGUCCUCUCCUCGGUCUUCUGGGCUUUCCAGCUAGCAUUUCGAGGCAAUGUCUUCCAAUUUAUUGCUACCAGACUUAGCAAGGAACACACAGAACAAUCCAUGACCCUGACCCAAGUGCUCAUUUGCUGGAUUUUACUCGCCAUCCAGGGUUCGCGCCGGUUAUGGGAAUGCUACAAAUUCGCGAAGCCCUCCACCUCCCAAAUGUGGGUGUUUCACUGGAUCGUCGGUCUCGCAUUCUACUUAGGAGCUGGAAUCGCCAUCUGGAUUGAAGGAUCUGCUACCGUCCUCACGCGAAGCCUUACCCUCAGGGAUGUGCAGAUGUCCAACGCCCCAACAUUACGCACCUUCUUCUGUGUUCCGCUUUUCAUGAUUGCUUCCGGCUUGCAACAUGACUGCCACCACUUCCUCUUUUCGUUGAAAAAAUAUACCCUCCCAGACCAUCCGAUCUUCCGCUCAGUCGUAUGUCCUCAUUACGGUGCUGAAUGUGUGAUCUACCUCUCGCUGGCUAUUCUGGCCGCUCCGCCCGGACAACUUGUGAAUAAGAGCAUGUUAGCGUGUAUGGGUUUCGUGGUUGUGAACCUCGGUCUCACGGCGCGGAAUACGAAGGACUGGUAUAUGAAGAAAUUCGGAAGGGAGAUGGUACAGGAUCGAUGGCUUAUGAUCCCUGGGAUAUACUAA